UUUCUUUUUUAAUCAACGAUUUUUUUUUUGUUUUUGUUUUUAUUUUUUUUCACCCCCUCUUGACUUGUUUGUGCAUAUUUUUUGCGCGUGCAGUUUUUGCUCUGGGCCUGCAGGUUGUCUUUGUUUCUUUUUUAGGCGGCGUUUUUGGUCUUUUAUUAUUACUAUAUUAUUAUUAUUGUGGACGUUUUUUGGGAUUGUGUGAAACGUUUUAACGCGCAGUUACAUUUUAUUUUGAGCAGCAUGUAAGAUUUAUGUUGGUUUUUUUUUUAAACCGGAUUUGUGCGUUUCAUGUUUAUAGACUGUUUUGAUGACCUGCAGACAACAAAAAAUAAUUUUUCUCACAAACAUUUUUGCACAUAUACACUUUUUUUUUGGUCUGGAUUUGUUUUUUAAGAGGAACAAUGUAAAUCUUGUUGGACGACCGCAGACGAGUGGCCUACACAUACACCAUGGACGCGAUGGCCAGCAACGUAACCAAUAAGACGGACCCUCGUUCGUUGAACUCGCGCGUCUUCAUUGGGAACCUGAACACCAUGCUGGUGACCAAAGCUGACGUGGAGGCCAUCUUCAGCAAGUACGGCAUGAUCGUGGGCUGCUCCAUCCACAAAGGUUAUGCUUUUGUCCAGUACGCGAACGAGAGGAACGCUCGAGCCGCCGUCGCUGGAGAGGAUGGACGCAUGAUUGUCGGACAAGUCCUGGACAUCAACCUGGCAGGUGAGCCCAAACCUCACCGAUCGAAAACCACCAAACGUCAAGCAGGAGAUAUGUACAGCAGCUCCACUUUUGAACUCGACUACGAUUUCCAGAGAGAUUACUACGACAGGAUGUACGCGUACCCAUCCCGCGUGCCCCCUCCUCCUCCACCCCUCUCUCGGGCCGUCAUUCCCUCCAAGCGAGCGCGGGUCAGCCUGACCGGAGGAGGAAGCCGACGCACCAAAUCCAGCUUCUCCUCUUCCUCCAAAAGCAGCCAGCGCUCUUCAUCACGGGCCAUUAAAGCAGACGAUAUUCAGACCAUAAAGAGGGAACUGGCUCAGAUCAAACACAAAGUGGAUUAUCUUCUUGAAAGUUUAGAGCGUAUGGAGAAAGAUCACAGCAAGAAAUCAGAAGGGAAAGUGGUGAAGGCGGCGGUGGGUGACGUCUCUCAGCAGCACUCAAGCAGUAAGAAGGAGCGUGACAGAGAAGAGCAGGAGCUCAACGACUCUGAAGAAGAAGAAGGAGAUCUGUUGGAGGAAGAGGAGGAGGCGAAGAGUAUCGGAGGAGAGAAUGAGGAAGAGGACGGAGAAGAGGAGGAAGAGGGCGAGCAUGAGGAAGGCGAGGACGACGGCGACAGCGUGAACGGCGAUGACCCAUAGACUGUGUUUGUUUUCUCUCGAACACUCUGUCUCUCUCUCUCUCACGCACACACUCUCACACGCACAACACCUCAGCAUCCAGUGUGGAGAAACAUUAAAGUCUGGAUGACUUCUUAAAUAAAUAAAAAGAAGAGGGAGAGAGAUAAGGAACACAAAGAAUGUAGGUGAACACACACACACUUGUGAAGCAAUUUUUAAAGUUUAUCGUCUCUCCAAAUAAACGGUGUUUCGUUACUGUUACACUUUUAAAAUUCUGACGUUUUAAACGCUUCAUUUAUUUCUCCCCCAAUCUGUCAUUUUUCUCAUUGUUUAUUUGUUGUCCCCCCACUCAGCAGGCGUGUGUGUGUGUGAAUGAGACAUUUCUUAUACCCCCCCUCCCCCCCCUUCAAACAGCUCCUGUGUGUAACUGUUCUCUCUCUCUCUCUCUCAGAAAAGAAAAAAAAAACUCAGUGUUUUUGUUUGGUUUCUUUCUUUCCCUUCAUGUAUGUUCAUCUCUACAUGUCCCUUUUUUAAAAUUUUUUAUUUUAUUUUUUUUAUAUCAGCCUUGUUCAAGAUAAAUCACUGUAUGAAUUUCAAUAAAAUGGUCAAAAUAU